GAUCCCGAUAUGGACGAACAGUCUCGGGCUCUCAUAGCGUCGAUGUUGGCCGAGGAGCAAUUGUAUCUUGGACAGGGCACGGUCGCCCUGCCAGGAUCAUCUAGCAGCGCGCCAAAUGAAGUUGUGACUGAUGCGAACGGGAAGCGGAAACGCCCUCCAACGGCAACUCGGAAACGGACGAAAAAUGAGCAGGUCCGGUCUCACAACUUGAAAUGGACCAAAGAGGAAGAUGCCGCUCUUCGGGAAGGGAUUGUAUUUCACGGAUAUGGUGCCUGGAAACAGAUUGCAGCCCAAAUGCGAACGAGGACUGCUCUGCAGAUCAAGAACCAUGUCAGGCAUCUGACGGUCUACGGAGGUGUCCAUUUCGAAGGUGCAGACGAAUCGCAACAGACACUCGCGAAAAGUAUUAGUCCGCAGAUCGCAGCAACAACAGCGACAGCCGUCGCUGAGCCCAGUGAUGAUCAGAAUGUAGAGGAAGAGGACAUCGACAUUUCCGGCGACGAUGAGGAAGCGAUGAUUCCGGCAGUACAGCCGUUGACGUUAGAGCCCUUAUCGGAUACUGCAGAGACGGACGAGUCCGCUGAUGAAGUUGGAGAGGAGGCGGUCGUGAGCCCACCGGCUGCAGCAGAUAUACCCGCGACGAGUCGCGACAUCGAAAGGAUGGAAGUUGAUGAAUUGAUUGCUCUAGAAAACGAAUCGAGCGUCAAGCAGGAUAGCGAUGAGGAUUAUGCAAAAUCCUCAUUGCAACAGACGGCGGACGGAGAUGUUUAUGGAGAGCAGUCUGUCGAUCGUCAUGAGUCGGGAAAGGAAGACCAGCCAGGACUGGCAAAGGCAGAAUGUCAGAAAUCGCCUGUUUCCGCCUCUGAAAUCGUACAAGCUAUAGAUUCCGUCCUGAACCCUGCUGAUCCGACACUACCUGAUUCCGCUGCCAAUAACGCAAUCGACCGGGAUAUAGUGUCCCGGCACGAAGUCACAGCAUUACCCGAAUGGUUCCUAUCCACACUAGCACUAUCACAGGGCAAAAAGCCCCACCCGCGGACGCUACACAAAACCCCAGAACGCUACAUGAAGAUCCGCAACUACAUCCUGAACGCGUGGGACAAACGAAAACCCAAAUACCUGACCAAAACCAGCGUCAGGCCCGGAUUGAAAGGUGAAGGCGACGUCAACGCCAUUGGUCGCAUACACGACUACUUAGAGCAGGUUGGGGCUAUCAAUGUGGGAUGUCCGGAGAAAGGCGGGAGGAAGAACUAUGGAAUGAAUUCUGCGAAGAAAGGAAAAGACGAGGCGUUAGAUGAUUUCACUGAGCAAGAAGCCGGGAGCGUAUGGAACUUCAUAGACGAAGGUCAACGCCGCAAACGGCGGGUACGGAACGCACAAGGCGAAUGGGUGGACGAAGACGGCAACGGCGCAGCAGCAUCCGAUCUCUCCAAAGAGGAGCUCGAAAUAGCGCGCGAAGAAGCCCGCCUCUUCGCCCUCAACUCCAAAUACUUCGCCGACGAAGAGCUCGAAAAAUUCGACAAACGUCUCCUCAAACGUCGCCAACGGCAACAAACCACCAACAAAUUCGAGAACGGCCCCGUCUCUGACGUCCUCGGCGAAUACGACCCCUUCCGCCUCAUCCCCAAUCGUGCAUAUUCCGAUUCAACCCACAUCCCGCCCUUCACAGUAACGGUCGAAUCCAACGCCCUCAUCACAAUGGACUUCCACUCCCACCUCGCCCAAACCGAAAUCAUCGGCCUCCUCGGCGGAACCUACGACGCCCUCACAUCCACCUUAUCCAUCCGCGACGUCUUCCCCUGCCAAUCCAUGAGCACGGGCGUCCAAUGCGAAAUGGACCCAGACUCAGAAGUCCAAGCCCGCGACGCCUUUGCACAAAAGGAACUCGACGUCGUCGGGUGGUAUCACUCCCACCCAACCUUCGAGCCCAUCCCCUCCAUCCGCGACAUCGAAAACCAGACCAACUACCAAACCCUCUUCCAGCGACACGAUACGGGCGUCGAACCCUUCAUCGGCGCCAUUGUGUCCCCAUAUGACCCCGCAUACGCCGCUGCGCGAAAGUCGAAGAUUGGCUGGGUGCAUAUCUCGCAGGAGUGGAAUUCGGGGCAUGAGUACAGGUUGCCGUAUGCGUGUGUGGUUAGCGUUGUGCCGAGCGAGAGGUUGGGGGCGGAGCUGUUUGCGGGGUUGGUGGGGUUGGUGGGGGAGUAUCGGGGCUAUGAGCACCGAAUGGACCUCUCCAAACCCUUCGCCUCCCGCCACGACCCCUCCUACACUCGUCUCGACAAACUCAUCAACAGCAUCGAGUCGCACGCCCAGGUCGUGGGCACCGCGGAUGAGACGCAGGCGUUUGUGACGCGGCUGAGGGAGAUGGUUGUUAAGGGGUUUGGGAUGGGUGGUUGA